UUUGGGUGGAGUGAACUUGGACAGUGUACACUUUUCUUCUUAUUCUUCAGUAAUUAGCAGUAAACCCAAUGCUUCAACAGCAGCAUCUCGGAGGAGAAGCCAUGAGGAAGCUGCAGUAAAACAGUCGGCAAUGAUGGACAUCAGUGAAGCGUCUUUACUGGAUUACAUCUUCUCCUCUGGAGGAAAAGUCAAAAAUUCAGAUCUGUCCAAAACAUAUAAAGCGUUCAUAAACCAUAGCGAUUUGCAACUACGUGCCAAAUACAGAGAGGAGUUCAAAGCCAUCAUUGAUAGAAUUGCAGUGGUGAAAUCCGAGAAUGGAGAGAAAUAUCUUGUCCUUAAGAAGAAAUAUAAACAGCUGAUGCAAGAGUCUGCUGCUGCUGGAGGAGGAGGAGAUGCAAGCAAAGAUGUUCAGAUCUCCAACCCGAAUCCAUCACAGAAACCAGCAGCAGCAGCAGCACAGGUGGCCUGGUGUACCGGACCCAUAAUAACCAUUUCAGAGGUUUCAGAACCAAUAUGUACUGAUAAUAAACCAUCAGCAGCAUGUGCACAGGUGGCCUGGUGUACGGGACCCAUGAUAACAGUUUCAGAGGCUUCAGAACCAACAUGUACAGAUGAUCAGGCCGACAGCUCCCUCUCGCUGCCAACAGCUGUGGAGAAACUGGAGACUCCGGCGGAGGAGCUCUCAGCAUCAGAUAGAGAUGAUGACCUGGACAAGGACUCGGGGUCAAAGAGUGAAUCUGAGCUGGAUGAGGAAUGUGGAGGAAGUCUGGGACCCACUGCUGUGGCUCUGGAUCCUAUUGAAAAGGAGUGGAUCUUCUCAGCAGCGAGUGGCCGACUGUCUCACCUCACACAGCUCUUGAAACAAGACACUUCACUGGCCAAUAAAAAGGAUUUUACAUCGUUUACUGCCCUGCACUGGGCUGCAAAACACGGUAAAGCAGAUAUGACCACGGCAUUGGUGGAAGCAGGAGCCGACAUAAACACAAAAGCGGGAUACACACCUUUACAUAUAGCUGCACUACAUGGGCAUCGACAUAUAGUUGACCUGCUGGUCAAGAAAUACGGAGCAAAGCUAAACCUGCGGGACUACAGCGGUCGCUUGCCAUAUUAUUACCUCAAAAAAUUGGAGACACAAAUAGAAGACAAUGAACUAUGUGAGGCAGGUGAAUGCCAAAGUCCUGCUCAGGCCUGCGAGCGCAGGAACAGAAAGAUUUCAUCCUUAUUUCAAUCCAUGAAGAAGUGGGGUUCAGCAGAGGAUCUCGCACCCAUACAAGAGGAAAGAACCGUUCCCCAUCAACUCAUGCUCCCUGCGUUUAGGACCAGAAAGUUCUCACGGUAGAGCGCAUGAGCUCCAAACGUCUGCAGAUUGAUCGUUUAUAGAUCAAAUCACAUGAUACUUUAUUCCUCUGGGCAUAAAUAGUGUUAUAUAUCUGCAUUCACAUUCCAUAACAUUUCGUUCACUUUAAUGAUUUUUACUGUAUGAUUAGCUUUUGUAGUUUAUUAUGCCUUAUACCACGGGUCUGUUGAAUGCUGUAUUCUGAUUGGUCGAGAAAUGUUCCGUAGGUAUGCAUUAAUUUCUGAUAACCGCACACCUAACUUGUCAAAUGUCUUAAAAAAAGGCACCAGAGCAAUGUUUGUGGUAACCGUGGUAUAAGAGGAAUAAUUGACUCCGGUCCUUUGAAUUAUUUGAAAAUAAUGCACACCCAAGGUGCAAUGUGGCACGACGCGAAUUUUCUUCUAAUUCAAUGGCCCGUCGUCAAUUAUUCCUUACAUAACGGAUUGUUACAUGUCAAGUGUACAAACUUAUAUUUAUCUUUGAUCUGUAUCAUUAAAAUGGAUAAAAUGUUUACAAAACCUAAAAAAAAACAACGCACAUAAUUUUUUUCAAGCAAGUAGAAACAUUUUGGACCCUUGACCACAAAACCAGUCAUAAUUCGCACGGGUAUAUUUGUAGCAAUAGCCAACAAUACAUGGUAUGGGUCAAAAUUAUAGAUUUUUUUUAAUGCCAAAAAUAUUAGGAUAUUAAGCAAAGAUCUUGCUCCAUGAAAAUAUUUUGUGAUUUUCCUACCGUAAAUAUAUUUAAAAAAAAAUCUAUUUAUCCUUAGUAAUAUGUGUAGCUAAGGACUUCAUUUGGACAACUUUAGAGGCGAUUUUCUCAAUAUUUAGAUUUUUUUGCACCCUCACACUGCAAAAAAAAUUCAAGAAAA